AUGGCAACUUCCGAGAUGUCUUGCCCUCCGCACUUCACACCAUCAAACCUGUUCACGGAGGCCGAUUUGGCUUGGGACACCCAAUCGGCCCCUCCGACUUGCAUCGACUUGCGUCUCGUCAAGACACAUGAGGAAGAAACGUCUCAUGAUAUCCUUGCUGACCUAGAGGCUGUCACCCCGCGCCUGCAAGCAGUUCAACUUUCUCCGCUCUCAGAUUUCUCGCUCGAAGCUUCGCCUUCUCAGCAAGACAUAAUGAGUACACACUUCCACCGACGUCCACAUGUGCAGCACCAACAUUCUGGCACUGCGCACGAGGCGACUACUAUUCACGCCAUCGACUGGCCAAGUCCCACACGCCUACCUCCGCAAUCUUUCCAGGUCAAAGCGGAAUUGAGCUCUCCGACGGAUGUAGCGUAUGGAAGUUUUAUCGCGUCAAACACACCAUUAGUAUCUAUUUCAGCCAUGAGUGCGAAAGAGGAAGUGUCAUUGCCCAUCAUCGACGACGGACGUGUCCUGUUUACUCGCAACCUGAAUCGGGGCCCGACAACUCCCCUUUCGAAGAAGAAGCGCAUUUCGAAAUCGCGUCGCUCGCGGCAAAAUGCAACUCCACAGCCGAGUCGGUUCUGUCACAUUUGUGCCCGAACUCAGAAAAGCCGAAAGAUGUUUUGCGCCAACCUGACCACGGAGAAAAAGUGCCGCAAGGCUGUGUGUGAACCAUGUUUUAAGGAGCUGAGGUGGAACUUUGAGAAGGCUUUGGAGGGAAGGGAGAAGUGGCAUUGCCCCCACUGCAGAGGCAUGUGUGAGAGUGUGCCAAGAGCAAGAUGUCACAUUUAUACUAAGACUAACGAGAAGAGGAAGGCCUCAAAGCGCUUGUAA